AUGUUAGGUGGCUUUGGUGCUUUUAGUUCAAACAACCCUUCCUCAAAUAACGGUUCACAACAAUUCAAUACUAUGGGAAGUACUGGUAACUCAAUACCUAACAUGGGAACAAACUCAUUUGGAGGAAAUGGAUUAGGAACAAAUACUUUUGGAGGAAGUACAUUUGGAACAAACUCAUUAGGAGGAAAUGGAUUAGGUACAAACUCAUUAGGAGGAAAUACAUUUGGAACAAAUUCAUUAGGAGGAAAUGGAUUAGGAACAAACACAUUAGGAGGAAAUGGAUUAGGUACAAAUACUUUUGGAGGAAAUGGGCUAGGUACAAAUACAAUGGGAGGAAAUAAUACACUUGGAACAAACACAUUAGGAGGAAAUACAAUUGGAAUAAAUGGACAAGGAACAAACACAGGGACAGGAAUAGGAACAUCCACACCACAAGAUUUUACUAAAUCACGAUUUCCAACAGAGAGUAUUAAAAAUAGAGAGUCAAUUCAAAUUAUUCCAGAAAGUAAUAAAAUCAAAAGAGAAAAGAAGAAACAAGAAGUUACAACACCAACUAUAAUUAAUGAAACAAAUGAAAACAAGUCAAAAUUAGAUGAUGUAUUUGAUCUUUCUAGGAAAAACACAACAAACGAACAACCACUUUUCUUAAGACGAUUUAACCAAACAUUUAAUUCACCAUAUAGAAGGAAUGGAAUGGUACCGUUAAUACGUCCUUCAUAUAUUAAUAAUUCAACACAAAGACAAUCAAUUUAUUCAUGUAGUCCAAUAGGAACAUUAAAUCCAAGUUAUAAUUGUAAUAUCAAUAAUAGCAUAGUGACUUCCAUUCCUGGAAAUACUUCAAGAAAUAGUAUUUUACCAAAUACAACUAUAAACAACCAAACAAGUAUUCUUUUUAAUAAUAAUAAUCAGCAAUCUGUAUUAUAUGGACUUAAUCAAGGAAAUAAUUCUAUAUUAUCAAAUAGUCCAAUAGUGCAAAAUAUAAAAGAAUAUGCUAUUAUUUUAUCUAACUUAACAAUUCAAGACACACCAUUAAUUAUAAAUGUAUUGUCCCAAUUUGGAGUUAUUGUUAAUGUUAUUGAAUGGAAAAAUGGAGUUAAAGUGAUAUUUGCAGAUGAGACAGUUGUUAAUUAUUUAAUUGAUAUGAAAAAAAUAAUGAUCGCAGGAAAAAUGUGUUACAUCAGUGAUCCAAAUGAAUCAUUCUUAUUAAAACUCUUUGAUGGACAAACAUGGAAAAGUUUAUUUUCUAAUUUAUUUAAUUUCCUUCAUUCAAUUUGGAAUUAA